GCGCUGCGCGGCCCCGAGGAGCGGAGCGGGAGCAGCAUGCGGUAUUCCCUCUACCAUUCCCCGCACCUCCUGCUCCUGCAGGGCUACAGCCAGCAGCAUGACAGCCUGGUGUACCUGCUGAACCGCGAGCAGCACACGGUGGGCCAGAGGACACAGGCGAGCAAACCCAGCAUCAGCCUUUCGGCGCCAGACAUCCUACCCCUGCACUGCACCAUCAGGAGGCUGCGAGCGUCGUGGCACCGCUCGGAGGAGAAGUUGGUGCUGGAGCCCAUCGCCGGUGCCAGCGUCUCCGUUAACUUCUCUGCGGUGACCCGGACCGUUGUGCUGCGGCACGGGGACCUGCUGUCCCUCGGGCUCUAUUACCUGCUGCUCUACAAGGACCCCAUGAAGGCACAACCGCUGCCGGCACAGACCCUGCUGAGGCUGCGGGCCCUGCACCCCGAUGGCCCUUCUGUAUGUGGGACGUGCGGCAGCCUGCUGAAAGAACAGGGGGGGCCCAAUGCCAACCGACAGAGCCCCGAGCCCAGCGACGGUCCCAGGGCUCCCCGCAGGAGGCUGCAGCUGGAGUUUGAGCCAGAGGCUGAGGAUGUGCUGCUGCGGCGCAUCAUGACGCUGAUCGAGCCGGGGGGGGAUGACCACAAGCUGACGCCUGCCUUUCUGCUGUGCCUCUGCAUCCAGCACUCGGCCACCAGCUUCCAGCCUGGGGACUUUGGGCAGCUGCUGCUCAAAGCGGCCAAAAUGAUCCAGAGGACAGUGUGGGAGCGCACACGGGAGCUGGCUGAGAAGCAAUCCCAGCACCAGGACCCUGCUGCCCUGUCCUGUUUCACCAUUGCGGACCUGCUGCCAGACCUGCAGCACAUCCUCUUCUGGAUGUCCAACGCCAUUGAGGUGCUCUACUUCGUCCAGCAGAAGUCCCCCACCUACAUCCAGAGCAUGGAGGAGGAGAUGGAUGUCAAAGGCUCCAAGGAGUCUCUGUUCUCCUCGACCAUCACAGCCAGCGAGGAGGCGAUGACGGUGCUGGAGGAGGUGAUCAUGUACACAUUCCAGCAGUGUGUCUAUUACAUCUCCAAGUGUCUGUACGUCUCACUGCCGGCCCUGCUGGAGUGCAACCCCUUCCAGAAUGAGAGCCAUGAGGGCUGGCGGGCGGCCCCACCGCUGCCCGAGGAGCUGCGCCGCGUGGUGCUCAUCUACCAGGCAGCCCUGGACCUGCUCCAGCAGUAUGAGGUGCACCCUGAGAUCACCUCCCAGAUGUUUGCCUACCUCUUCUUCUUCUCCAACACGCUGCUCUUCAACCAGCUUCUGGAUAAGGGCUCCUCUCUUGGCUGCUUCCAUUGGUCGCAGGGCGUGAAGCUGCGAGCCAGCAUGCGGCUGCUGCUGGAGUGGCUGCGUGGAGCCGGCUUUGAGCAGCUCUCCCAGCAGUUCUUUGCUAAACUGACCAGCGUGGCCAACCUGCUGGCCAUGCCCGGCUCCCAGCUGCUGCAGAUGACGUGGCCGACCCUGAGAGCUGAGUUCCCAGCGCUGAGCCCUGCGCAGCUGCAUCGGGUGCUGAGCCAAUGCCAGACGGCCAUGGAGGUGGGCAAUGUGGCAGCAUGGCAGCCCUGGGAUGAGGAGAGCACGGCCGCCUUCCAGCCUGACGCAGUACUGGAGUCCUUCGACAACCACCCUCCCAUCGUCCUGCCCAGCGCGGGCUUCAAGGUGGACCUUGAGGUGGAGACGUUGGAUGACAACAUCUACCGGCACCUCCUCUACAUCCGCCACUUCCUCUGGAGCCUGCAGAGCAAGAGCCCCCAGGGCAGUGAGGGGCCAUGCUCAGCCCCUCCAAAGAGUGAGCCACCAAUUGUGCCAGAAGUGCUGGAAGUGAGUCCGAGCCCGGUUAUGACCCCGGGGAGCACUGUCCCCACAUCGGGCCGCUGCACCCCGGGGGGCUGCGCCAACCUGGAGGCGGAUGAGCCCCCCCUGCUCACCUCAACCACCAAUGGGUGCCCCCGGCAGCAAGCCGCCGGCGAGCAGCAGCUCCAGGAGAAGCUCCAACAGCUGCAGCUGGGCAGAGGCCCGGCUCCCCCCAGCCCUCCCUGCCUGCUUACACCCCCCACCACCCCCCUGAACUUUGACUCCGCCGGCCCUGAGUCCCCACAGGGCACAACCAAAGGACUGCAGGACCCACGGAGGAACGGGAUGAGCAGCACCAAAGGCGGCAGCCCUGAAGGCUGCUCGCCGACCCCCUACGACUUCCCCACGCCGGAGUCCUCCAGCCGCAGCUCAGCCACCGACGAUUUCUGCUACGUCUUCGUGGUGGAGCUGGAGAGGGGAGCGCUGGGGCUGGGGAUGGGGCUGAUCGACGGCUUGCACACACCGCUGGGCUCCCCAGGCAUUUACAUCCGCACGCUGAUUGAGGGCAGCCCCGCGGCAGCUGAUGGCAGACUGGCCAUCGGGGACCGCAUCCUGGCUGUCAAUGGCACCAGUCUCAUCGGGGCCGAUUACCAAAGUGCUGUGGACCUCAUCCGCUCUGGAGGGAAGAAGCUGAGGUUUCUGGUUGCCAAAUCAGACAUGGAAAUAGCCAAAAAAAUCAUCUCCAGCUCUGCAUCCUCUUAACUCUCGUAUGAGGUAUGAGGGUCUGUCAGCAGGUGCAGCUCUGGUUAGGGUCGAGCUGAUGGAGCCCAGGGUGCAUGAGGGAGGGCCAGGACUGCACAGCUGCCCUCAAUUUGCUUCCCAGCACCUUGCCCUGCACUGCAGUAGAUGGAAGGACACACUGGGGUUCUGCACGCUUCUCCCCAACAGCAUAGAGCUCCUGAUCCAUUGCCUGGCCUCACCCUACAACCUGCACCUUACAGCUGCACAUACAUCCCAGGAGCAUCCCUGUUCCUUCAGCCCCUGGCAGAGGGCAGGAAGGCUGCGGGCAGCUCCUCGUCCCCCCAGCUGAUGGCCCCGCAUGGCCCUCCUUGCUCAGUCACAGGCGUUCAGGGUGGCGUUCCAGUUCUCCUAUUACACUUUCACAUUUGCAGGUCAGGUUCAAGACAGCACUGGGAUAUCAAGGUUGCAGAGCCAGGCCCUGACAGCAGCAGGGUGGGCAGGAACCCAGCUCUGGGAUGGUUAACACAGCACAAGCUCCCAGAGCAGGAUCCCAAGCAGGACGCCUUGCUGGGAGCCCCGGUGCCAUACCUGACAUCAGGUGCCUUUCUGCUACUGGGCUCCAAUCUCAUUGCCCCCAGCCCUGCUGCAAGAGGGGAUGCAGCUUCAGGCGAGGGCUGACACCACCAGCAGUUCCCUGAGACUGAGCCCUGGAGAAUAGGGCUCUCAUCCUUGCACUGGCACUACAGCCCUGGCAGAUCCCCAGCCCGGUCCCCAGAGCUGGCCCAGCAGAGUGGGGCAUUGUGGAGCAGCCAGGUUCACUUUCCCCAUGCAGGAGGUGUUGGCACCACGUCCUGUCCACUCCCUCCCCUUCAGGCCAUUGCAAGGCUCCCCUGUAUCCUGCCCAGCUCAGAGCAUCUCAGAAGUGCUGCUGCUGCUGGGCUGCCAGGUGAUGGGAUGCAGCACAGGUUGGAAUAAAGUCAGGCUUCAGAAUCCCAGCAGCAGUUCUCUGACCCGCAGUCUGCAGUAUGGUGUGGCAGGACUGCACUGGCAGCUCCACCAUGCGACUGCUUGGC